AUGGAGCAUCUUGUGAAUGAUGAACAAACUCUAGUCAGGUGGAUUGUGACUGCAGUGGCUGGCACGGUAAAGUGCUUUGUUAUGAAUGUACUAGAUAGUUUGGCGAAGAUUGAGAAAGACGAUGCAUACGCUUCGCUCAUUACAGCCCCAAUUGGAGCAGCUGCUGGCAAUGUUGGUGGAUCAACCCUGGACAGACUACUCAGUUUUAAGCGCAACGGAAACGAAUAUAUACCGAUCGCACAGGGAGGAAAUAUGAUGGCGUUUGCGAGGGCACAACGUUUAUACUGCGAUAGUAUAUCAACAAUGGUAGAUGAAAGUUAUAUGUUUGGAGAGCGUAUCAUGGGACAUACCUGUCAACGAGGCGGAGAACAUUUCAACAAUGGUGCAUACGCAACUGAUCUUGUGGCCGCCGGCUAA